GUUUCAGUUGCUGUCAGACCUUGUUCGGGAGCUGGUCGCCUUUUCCAUAUAAAUCUGUUCUCAUUUUUCCAGUUCAGUCCAGAGAGAUGAUGCUGAUUCCAAUACUGUUAGCCAGCAUUGUAGCGGCUGUGCACUCUUCUGCCUCCGUGGAGGAAGUCUUUGCUUCGCAUAAGGUGGUGCCCGAUGUCAUUGCCCAGGCGCCAAACCAGUUUCUAAAGGUCACAUACAAACAGGGACUCGUUGCAAAGGAAGGAGUGGAGCUCACGCCCACACAAGUCAAGGAUCAGCCCUUGGUCGAGUGGUCUGCCGCGUCCGGAGACUACUACACAUUGAUCCUCACAGAUCCCGAUGCACCCAGUCGUGCCGAUCCAAAGUUCCGUGAGUUCAAACACUGGGUGGUGGUCAAUAUUCCCGGCAACGACGUGGCCAGGGGCGAGGUGUUGACUGCCUACAUUGGCUCCGGCCCGCCCAAGGGAACGGGCCUCCAUCGCUAUGUCUUCCUGCUGUACAAGCAGUCCGGCAAGCUGGACUUUAAGGAGCCGCACGUCAGCAACAAGUCUCGUCGGGACAGACCCAGUUUCAAGGCAGCAAAGUUUGCAGAGACGUAUCAGCUAGGCAAUCCCGUGGCCGGUAACUUCUACCAGGCGCAGUACGACGACUACGUCCCCGAGCUCCACAAGCAGCUCUCCGAGGAGUAAGAGCUUACCUCUGAAGCACACCCAUGCUAUGCACAGUGCACAUUUUUGGUUUAAUUAUAGACAAUCGCUUUUGGUUUUAUUGACUUCA